UUCACCCGCAACUCCAUUCCGCCACCAUUUCAAUUUACAGGCAACCACUCCACGUCCAGUAGAGAGAGAAACAAGAGAGAGAAAGCAGCAUAAUGUCGGGAUGGGACGAAGGAGCAGUUUACUACAGCGAUCAAGCACAGUUCCCCACUGGUCGCGCCAAUGGCUUAGAAGUCGGUGGUAGUCGACACUCCGUACUCCUCAAAUUCAAGGAGUUCAUCCGAAGUUUUGAGACUAACUCAAAUGUCUUCCCUUAUCGUGAGAGUUUGGUUCACAACGCAACUUCACUGGUCGUUAAUCUGGAACACCUUGAUGCCUUUGAUCCCGAUCUACCCUCUCUCCUCCGCUCUGCUCCCGCCGACUACCUUCCUCUUUUUGAGACGGCGGCUUCGGAGGUGUUGGCGAGUUUGAAGUCGAAGGUUGCAGGGGAGACCGGAGAAAUGGAGGAGCCUUUCACUGAGGAUGUUCAGAUUCUUCUGACCUCCAAUGAGGAUUCCAUCUCAAUCCGCGCUCUUGGUGCUCAAUACAUAUCGAAAAUGGUGAAGAUAUCAGGGAUAACAAUAGCAGCUUCAAGAACAAAAGCAAAAGCUACCUAUGUAACUUUACUUUGUAAGAAUUGUAAAAAUGUCAAGGUUGUUCCUUGCCGUCCUGGUCUUGGUGGCGCUAUUAUUCCCAGAUCAUGUGACCAUAUUUCUCAGCCUGGUGAAGACCCUUGCCCUCUUGAUCCAUGGCUUAUAGUUCCUGACAGAAGCAAAUAUGUUGAUCAGCAGACCCUCAAACUUCAAGAGAAUCCUGAGGAUGUUCCAACUGGAGAGCUUCCAAGAAACAUGCUUCUUUCCGUCGAUAGACAUCUUGUUCAAACUAUUGUUCCUGGCACCAGACUCACUGUCAUGGGAAUUUACAGCAUUUUUCAGGCUUCCAAUUCAUCUACUGCCCAUAAGGGAGCAGUUGCAAUAAGACAACCUUAUAUAAGAGUUGUAGGAAUCGAGGAAGCUAAUGAGGCCAACUCUCGAGGUCAAGCUGCUUUCACAGCUGAGGAGAUUGAAGGAUUCAAAAGAUUUGCUGCCCAGCCUGAUGCAUAUCAAACCAUAUGCUCUAAGAUUGCUCCCUCUAUCUUUGGCCAUGAUGAGGUCAAGAGGGCUGUGGCUAGCCUUUUGUUUGGCGGGUCAAGGAAGACUUUGCCGGAUGGUGUAAGGCUAAGAGGUGACAUCAAUGUCCUGCUAUUGGGGGACCCUUCUACCGCCAAAUCACAGUUUCUCAAGUUUGUCGAGAAGACAGCACCUGUAGCUGUUUAUACUUCGGGUAAAGGAUCGUCGGCUGCUGGACUCACAGCUUCUGUGAUUCGAGAUAGUGGAUCACGUGAGUUUUAUCUGGAAGGUGGUGCCAUGGUAUUGGCUGAUGGAGGUGUUGUCUGCAUUGACGAGUUUGACAAAAUGAGACCAGAGGAUAGGGUUGCUAUUCAUGAAGCCAUGGAGCAACAGACCAUCUCUAUUGCUAAAGCAGGUAUAACAACUGUUCUUAAUUCAAGAACCUCUGUUCUGGCAGCUGCCAAUCCUCCAUCAGGCCGUUAUGAUGAUCUAAAGACCGCGCAGGAUAACAUUGAUCUCCAGACGACUAUCCUUUCAAGGUUCGACCUAAUUUUCAUCGUCAAAGAUGUCAGGAUGUACAGUCAAGAUAAGAUAAUUGCAAGUCAUAUCAUAAAAGUCCAUGCGUCUGCUGAUUCGACUAGGGGGGAAACUAAAACUUCAAAAGAAGAGAACUGGUUAAAGAGAUAUAUACACUACUGUAGAACUAAUUGCUUCCCUCGUCUAUCGGAAUCAGCUGCAAAGAAAUUACAGACUGAAUAUGUUAGCAUACGACAGAAUAUGAGGCAACAAGCAAAUGAAAGUGGUGAGGCAGCUGCAAUACCGAUCACCGUGAGGCAACUCGAGGCUAUAGUUAGAUUAAGUGAGGCCCUUGCAAAGAUGAGAUUAUCUGUGGUUGCCACGGACGAGCAUGUAAAGGAGGCAAUAAGGCUGUUCAAUGUUGCCACUAUGGAUGCAGCACGCUCUGGAAUUAAUCAGCAAAUAAAUCUUACUCCCGAAAUGGCAAAUGAGAUAAAGCAAGCAGAAGUGCAGAUAAAGAGAAGAAUUGGCAUUGGUAGCCACAUAUCGGAAAGACGUUUAAUUGAUGACCUUAGCAGAGUUGGGAUGAAUGAAUCCAUUGUGAGGAGAGCACUAUUGAUAAUGCAUCAAAGAGAUGAAGUCGAGUACAAGAGAGAAAGGCGUGUAAUUGUUCGUAAAGCUUGAGCUCGAACCACACCUUAUUCGAAAGCUUGUUACUUUAGUGUUAUCUCCAUUCUCCAAACUCACUUGUAUCCUGCAAGUUGUAUAUUUCCAUCAGAUCAAAGAUAUGUUCUUUUGACCUUACACUUGGGUGGUCUUAGUUAUGAGUGACCAGCAACCCAUAUUUGCAUUAUGUAUUUAAUUAUGUAACCUAGAAUUUAGGCUUUUGUUUCUGUAUGAUUAUGGUUCAUGGUUGGCAGUUAAUUGGAACAGGCUUGCUUAUGCUUA